AUGUAUGUGCAUUUCCUUCUUUACGUGUCUCUCUACAAUGUUGUGCAGUUUUGGCGGGGAGUAAUGUGCUCUAAAAAUCCCCCUAAAUCAUCCUCCCUUGUUGUUGUUGUUGUUGUUUUUACUUUUGUCACUGACCUGCUGCUUCUGCUGCUGUUCAAUACGUAUCCUUUCAGUCAUCGUGGCAGUUCCUAUCAUACAAGCAGUAAUUUACCCUGCAACUUUGGCACGGGCAGCCCUAGCGGUGGGUGUUUAGGAGAGGCGAAACCACACGUACGGCAGGGGAGAAAAGAGGCCAAAAAAAGAAAAAUGACGCGGGGAAAGGGACGCAACCCAGGUGUGGGUAACUUGGACAAGCACAUCAAGCGGACGAUCCACAAGGAACGCUCGCAGCCGGCCUCCCGCAAACAUUUAGGACAGCUAGAGAAACAAAAAGACCAUGUCGUACGCUCUAGGCGUCGCAAAGCAAAGAUGCAGAAACUCCUGCAAUUGAAGCGCGCUGCGGCACAACGUAACCCCGAUGAGUUCCAUAUUGGCAUGACAAAGGCUGUCUUAGAUAUCGCAUCAGGGAAGAUGAAACAACGUGCGGGAUCAAAGGAAGGAAAUCAGAAAAAGACACAAAAAGUGCUAGAGCAGAAUACACGCAAUGUUCAGUACCUCCAAUACAAGGCACAGGCAGAUCUUCACCGCGCGAAGGAGCUCCUCAAUGAGGAUGCAUCGAUAGCCAUCACCUCCGCACCACCAAAGAAUAAGCACAUUGUUUUUGUGGAGAAUGACGAGGAAUUCCGUCGCUUUAAUCCCGUUAAGUACUUUGACGCAACACCAGAGAUGCUUAAGCAGCACCCUGCUGUUCGAGGGACAAUUUCGAUUCUUCAAAGCACUGUUUUGCCGGAGGAGGUGCUGUUGACGGGUCCACGAAUGCUUUCAUCGUCCCAGCGGCGCCGUGAGCGUCGUGAAAUGCAAGAAAAACUCCGAAAAAGUGGUGUUAAAACCGCAGAGGAACGUGAAGCUCUUGUGAAGCGCCUUCGUGCCAAAAAGGACAUGAAGAAGUACCGCUUUUCUUCCCUGGUAGAGGAGGCGGCGACAUCCGCCGCGGCAAUUGGUGGUGGUGGUGGGGAUGGGGAUGAGGAAGAGCCACGAGACGAUGUGGAGCUCAUCUUGCAGCAGAGGCGAGAGAAGGAGCAGCAGGAGGCGGCGCUAGCGGCAAGGAACCUGAAGGAGAUUCAACAACGCGUGGAACGUAGCAGGAGCCUUCACGCCUUGGCAAAGACGAUCAAGCGGCAGAAUGAGGGCCUGCGGAAAAGCCUGGAGCAAAAGCGUGAGUCCCGCUUCAAACCAAAAGCCGCACGUCGCGCUCGCUGA